AUGAGAAAUAAUAAUACAAUUGGUUAAAGUUAGUAGAGUAUUUACAGUAGAUAAAAAUAUAUAUAAUAUCUCAAAAAGAAAAACUAUCAAGCUUUAAAACCAUGCUAUAAUAUAUUUGUUUUAGCAUUUUAUUAUGGUUUAUUUGCUCAAUUUAUUAUUUUUUAUUUGAUAACAUAGGUCGAAAAUAAAUAGAAUAAUAAUUAAAACCUAUUGUCAAAUUUCAAUGUAUACCUACUAUUCUUAUUACUUAAUUAAGAAAUAUUUUUAUUUUUUGUUUUUAUACCUUCUCAAUCUUUCAAAAUAAAAUCACUCACUAAUAACAGUCUAUUUCAAUCAAAUAGAAAGAGUGUGAAAGUAAAAUAAAAAUGCUCAACAAAUUAAAAGGCUUUAUAAUUUCUGGUUUAAUUGCUAAAAUAAAUUUUGUAGCCACACAAUUUACUUCUCGCUUUUAUCUUUUCAUAAUAUUUACAAAAAAUAUUGAUUCUAUUUAUCUUUAUUUUGCAUAUACAAUCGCGCACAUAUAUAUUGAUACUUUGUAAAUUCCUAUGA